GUCAAGUGUCAAUUUCGCGCCAGUUUAACCUUUUUUUUCUUUUCUAUUUAUCUCAUUGUCUGAACCCCAAUUGACUUGAAAAUACCUUACCUUACCUUAGAGGUACCUAGUCAAGUCUUUGACAGUUAUUAAUACGUGUCUUCCACACAACUCCCACGUCGCAUCUUAACUAUAAGCAUCUCCCAAUUAGAAUUAUCGCAAAGAAAUAAAAAGGAAAUAAAAAAUGACAGCCUGGAAAAUCGAGGGCUGCACGGUCGCCGACGCCCCGGCCUUGGCGCGCAACAACAUGAGCGCCUUCUGGGAAGACCCGACGUGGAUCCUCCUGUGGUCCGAGGGCACCACGCUGGCGCGGCUGAUCGACAGCGCGACGCAGCGGUACCCGCGGACGCUGGCGUCCGGGCGGGAGGAGAAGCGGCACGAGAAGGCCGUGGACCCGGCGACGGGGCAGCUCGUCGGCUACGCGCGCUGGAUCCUGCCGCCCGGCCACUUCGCGGCGGAAGAUGGCCGUCCGGCGUGGCCCGAGGCGCAGGUGCCCGCCGUCGGCGACGAGGAGAAGAGGAAGUUCGAGGAGCUGGCUGAGGCGGCGUGGUGGGGCGCCAGGAGGGAGGUCGGCCGCAUCGACGAUAAGAACGACGAGGUGAUGGAUCGGCUGCUCGCGCAGGGGACGUAUAUCAAGCUCGACUAUCUAGCUGUCCACCCGGACAACAAGGGCAAAGGGAUAGCCACGGCGCUCGUGGAGAGCGGCAUCCGACACGCCGAGGAGAUUGGCGUGCCCCUGUUUACCAUGUCGUAUAAGGCGGGUCGGGGCGUGUACGCGCGGCUGGGCUUCAGGGAGGUCGAGAGGGUGAUACAGGACGACACGGAGUAUGGCGGGAAGGGGGAGUACGGGACGUAUUUCAUGAUUUACGAUGUCCCUAAGAAGGAAUGAGGGAACGGAUGGGUAACAUGCUUUGAUUCGUACUAGAUGGCACCAAAUUAUACAACCAUGCGUUAACAGCAUCGUUCUACCGAAUCCAGAGUAGCCAAGGCUACCUAGGUAGGUACCUCCUUUUUGAGAGCCAGAUCAAACUUUCGUAACCUGCCUAUAUGUGGAAUUGCCGAAUUUGGACAUAUCUACGGCAUUUUGGCCAAUCAUAGCCAAGUUCUUCCUUAGCGGCUAGUUUGUUUGGAUACUUAUACGGGAUGCAGCAGUAUCUGGUUAAUUUUAUUCAACUAGUUGGUCAAGACAUGAUGCGAUGCCCUUAACAUGCUCAUACAAUGUGGCAACUUAUCGUUGAGGAGAUAAAACAUAAAUAGAAGCUGUACAGCUUAGGAG